CAGCAAGUGCAGUCCUGUAAAUGGGUCUGUGACCUCCAGGGGGUGGGUUGUCCGGUGAUGGUCCCUAGUUCUUGUGGCCACCCACCACCCACCACCCCCUAACCCUGCACCAACUUUGUGCACCAACACUGUGAAUCCCACCUGGCCCCAGUAUCAUCCUCCUCCCUUCCUCCCUUUCCUAUGGCUGAAGGGGGAUUGAGGGAGAGAGGCUAGUUCCCCUGGGGUUAUCCUGACACUGCCUCCAGGAAGUCUUCCUUGAACCCCAAAGCUGAGGUAAGAAAAGUGUCCUGUUGCUCCGUGGGCUGGCUGAGUUAACAUUUAUUGCUGCAGGGACAUGUCAUUAUUUAGGUCGGCCUGCAGCAACAUUUUCUCAGACUAAGGGAGAGGUCCUAGAGGCUGGGGGAGACUGACCUGCCAGGGAGCCCCCAAUGAGCCACCUUACUUCACCCCCCCCAAAACAUAAGGGGGAGCACAAAGGCCACGGUCUCCCCCGUGGUUCAGAAAGGGGAAGCUCCUCCCGGGACAAGGACCGGAACGUGACAGUCAGUAGUUCAGUGCCCAUGCCCAUUGGAGGGAAGGGAAGCCGGACCAACUGUUCCCAGUCCUCAUCACAGAAGGUCCCCAACCGCCUGAUCAAUGAGAAGUCACCAUACCUUCUGCAGCAUGCCUACAACCCUGUGGACUGGUAUCCCUGGGGACAGGAAGCCUUCGACAAGGCCAGGAAAGAAAACAAGCCGAUUUUUCUCUCGGUGGGGUACUCCACCUGCCACUGGUGCCACAUGAUGGAGGAGGAGUCCUUCCAGAAUGAGGAUAUCAGCCGCCUGCUCAAUGAGGACUUCAUCAGUGUGAAGGUGGAUCGGGAGGAGCGACCAGAUGUAGACAAAGUGUUCAUGACCUUUGUGCAAGCCACUAGCAGCGGUGGCGGGUGGCCCAUGAAUGUGUGGUUGACUCCCAACCUCCAGCCCUUUGUGGGGGGCACCUAUUUUCCCCCUGAGGAUGGACUGACCCGAAUCGGCUUCCGCACAGUAUUACUGAGGAUACGAGAGCAGUGGAAGCAGAACAGGAGCACCCUGCUGGAAAACAGCCAGCGUGUCACCACGGCCCUGCUGGCCCGCUCAGAGAUCAACAUGGGGGACCGCCAGCUGCCGCCCUCUGCUGCCACUAUGAAUAGCCGCUGCUUCCAGCAGCUGGAUGAGGGCUACGACGAGGAGUAUGGUGGCUUUGCUGAGGCCCCUAAGUUUCCCACGCCUGUGAUCCUGAGCUUCCUGUUCUCCUACUGGCUCAGCCAUCGACUAACCCAGGAUGGCUCCCGGGCCCAGCAGAUGGCCUUACACACCCUGAAAAUGAUGGCCAAUGGGGGCAUUCGAGACCACGUGGGGCAGGGCUUCCACCGUUAUUCCACCGACCGCCAAUGGCAUGUCCCUCACUUUGAGAAAAUGCUCUACGACCAGGCACAACUUGCUGUGGCCUAUUCUCAGGCCUUCCAGAUCUCUGGUGAUGAGUUCUACGCUGAUGUUGCUAAAGGCAUCCUGCAGUACACGUCUCGGAACCUGAACCACAGGUCUGGAGGCUUCUACAGUGCUGAAGAUGCAGACUCGGCACCAGAGCGGGGCAUGCGGCCCAAAGAGGGUGCCUUCUAUGUGUGGACUGUCAAAGAGGUCCAGCAGCUUCUCCCUGAGCCUGUGCCGGGGGCCACUGAGCCACUGACCUCAGGCCAGCUGCUCAUGAAGCACUACGGACUCACAGAGCCCGGCAACAUCAGCACCAACCAAGACCUCAAGGGGGAGCUGCAGGGCCAGAAUGUGCUGACCAUCCACUACUCCCUGGAGCUGACAGCUGCCCGCUUUGGCUUGGAUGUGGAGGUUGUACAGAGCCUGCUCAACUCGGGGUUGGAGAAGCUCUUCCAGGCCCGGAAGCAUCGGCCGAAGCCACAUCUGGAUAGCAAAAUGCUGGCUGCCUGGAAUGGUCUGAUGGUGUCUGGCUACGCUGUGACCGGGGCUGUCCUGGGCCUGGAGAGGCUGAUCAACUAUGCCAUCAACGGUGCCAAGUUCCUGAAGCGACACAUGUUUGAUGUGGCCAGCGGCCGCCUCAUGCGAACCUGCUACGCAGGCUCUGGGGGGACUGUGGAACACAGCAGCCCACCCUGCUGGGGCUUCCUGGAGGACUAUGCCUUCGUGGUACGAGGUCUGCUGGACCUGUAUGAGGCCUCACAGGAGAGUGCUUGGCUGGAGUGGGCUCUGAGACUGCAGGACACCCAGGACAGGCUCUUCUGGGACUGCCGUGGUGGUGGCUACUUCUGCAGUGAGGCAGAGCUGGGGGCUGGCUUGCCUCUGCGUCUGAAGGACGAUCAGGAUGGCCCGGAGCCCAGUGCCAACUCUGUGUCUGCCCACAACCUCCUUCGCCUGCAUGGCUUCACGGGCCAUAAGGACUGGAUGGACAAGUGCAUGUGCCUGCUGACUGCCUUCUCUGAGCGCAUGCGCCGGGUCCCCGUGGCACUGCCUGAGAUGGUCCGUGCCCUCUCGGCCCACCAGCAGACCCUCAAGCAGAUUGUGAUUUGUGGAGACCCCCAGGCCAAGGACACCAAGGCUUUGCUGCAGUGCGUCCACUCCAUCUUCAUCCCGAACAAGGUACUGAUCUUGGCUGAUGGGGAUCCUUCCAGCUUCCUCUCCCGCCAGCUGCCAUUCCUGAGCACCCUGCGGAGGGUAGAAGACAGGGCCACAGCCUACGUGUGUGAGAAUCAAGCCUACUCUAUGCCAGUCACUGAACCCUGUGAAUUACGAAAGUUACUUCACCCGUGACUGUCCUGCCUCCCCUGGGCUGGGGCAGAAGGUGGAGCCUCCCAAAAGACCAGAGACUCAGGUCCUGUAGGACCCUGCAGAACUUGUGGGCAACCCUGUACACCCUGUGACCAGGCCAACUUAGCUAUUCUCACUGUUCCCCUAUGGGCAUCCACUCACCCUGGAAUAAACCUAACAGUGUCCCGUGGUAA